AUGGCCGACGACGACAACUUCGACAUUGACAUCUACGGCGACGACGCGUACCAGGACUCGUCCGCACAGGACACGGCAGUGCCCGACGCGGGCGCAGCAAGCGCAGACAGCGGCGACAAGACGGCAAGCGCAGACAGCGGCGAGAAGACGGCAAGCGCAGACAGCGGCGACAAGGCGGCAUCGGCGCCCCAGCCAGACCAGGCGAGCGCGACCACUCCGGCGGGAAGGCAGGAGGCCUCGACCACCCCGGCGACCGCCGCCGCACAGCCCGACGGCACAGUACAGCACAUUUCGAGCACCGGCGGCUCUGGCCACGAUGUUCACAGACAAGCGCCGCAGCAGCAGGGCACAAAGCGCAAGCAGGGAGAGGACGACGAUCGCCCAACCGAUCCCGGCGCCACAGCAGCACUGAUGAUCAACGACCUGAACUGGUGGAUCAGCGAAGAGGACAUUCGUGGCUGGGCCAACCAGAGUGGUUGCGAGGACGAACUCAACGACGUGACCUUCAACGAGCACAAGGUAAAUGGCAAAAGCAAAGGCCAAGUGUACGUGCAGCUGCAGUCGCCGCAGGCUGCCACGGCGCUGAAGCACCAGAUUGAGCAGCUCUUCAAGGACCAAGCCCACACCAAGAAGCCCACGGCCAUUUUCAACCCACCCCACCACAACCCCUUCAAGACGCUUCCCAAAGACGUGCCCGCGCGCGACAAGAAUCGGAACGAGCAACAGGCCGUCGGCUUCAACAACCGGGGCGGCGCCAACUUUGGCCGCUUCAACAACAGGGGCAACUUCAACCGAGGCGGCUUCAACAACAGAGGCGGCGGCAUGGGCUACCAGAACCCGGGUGCCAACAUGGGCGGCCAAAUGGGCGGCGGCGGCCAAAUGGGCGGCGGCGGCCAAAUGGGCGGCUACGGCCAAGGCGCCAUGCAAAACUAUGCCGGCAACCCUAUGAUGGGCGGAGGCAACAACUUUGGCGGUGGUUUCAACCGCGGCGGCAUGAUGGGCGGCAACAUGCGCGGGGCCAUGAACAGCCGCGGCCGUGGCGGAAUGGCCAUGAACGCCAUGGCCGGCGGCAUGCAGAUGCCCAUGGGUGCAAGUAUGAUGAUGGGCGGCGGCAUGAUGGGCGGCGGCAUGAACAUGCCCAUGAUGAACGGGAUGGGAGGCGCAGGAUUCGGCGGCCAGCCGCAGUUCAACCCCGGCUUCUUCCCGAACCAGCAGCAACAGCAAGGCGGCCACGAAAACUUUAGUCCCCACGGGGCUAAGCGACCACGACAGGAGUAG